ACGACGUUCGAAUGGAGAACUAUUACGAAGUUCUAGGAGUGUCUCACGAUGCGUCGACUGAAGACAUUAAAAGGAGCUACCGGCAAAAGCUGCUUGAACUUCAUCCGGACAAGCGAGUGUGUGGCGAUUCUGAAGACUUCAUGAAGUUGCACGAGGCGUGGAAAACACUGAGCGACGACAGAAGCCGCAGACAAUACGACGCCUUGAGGGAGCAGCAGAAAACAACGUCGAACCAUCCGAUCCACGACCAGGUCAAGUUGUCGGAAAUGGACACUGGUGCCGACGGAACUUUCACUUGGCCGUGUAGAUGUGGCGGAACUUAUUACCUGCACGUGAUUCCUGUGAGCGACACCCUGGUUGGCUGCGAUAUGUGCUCAUUCUUUAUUUUAGUUGUCUGUUAAAUUUCGUCG